GGAAGUGAGCGGCGGUGACGCAGGGUGGAGGAAGGCGGCGCUCGGCGCACUCGCUGGGAACUGACUAGAGGAACGGAAAAUGGCGGACCUCGAAGACGUUACGCUGGACGGGAGACCGCUCCAGUCCCUCCGUGUGGCGGACCUCAAAGCGGCCCUGGAGGAGAGGGGGCUGUCGAAAAGCGGACAGAAGAAUGCUCUCAUUAAAAGACUUAAAGGGGCUCUCAUGCUGGAGAAUUUGCAGAAGACCUCCACUCCGCAUGUCGGACUGCAGCCCAACUCUCAGAUUGGCGAGGAAAUGAGCCAGAACAGUUUUAUCAAGCAGUAUCUGGCUAAGCAACAAGAGCUCCUGAGGCAGCGUCUGGAGAGAGAGGCCCGUGAAGCGUAUGAAACGAACGAGCAAGAGGGCCACACGCAGGUUAACAACAGUACAUCGUGCCCUCCUCCUGCCCAGGAAGUCACACCAGCUGCUCAACAUAAGCCCCCUGGGCCCUCGGAUGGAGAGGGAUUCUUUGGUUCGGUCAAUGCAGGACAGGGGAACAAGAACCAGGAGGCAGACGUGUCCAGCCCCCCUGCUUCUGGCUCCAUGGCCAUGCGAGCUCCUGCCUCAGAGCAGCGGUCAGAGCGAGGUUCUGCCUCCAGCGAAGUUGCAGGCGACAGCGACGACGACGACAGCGAGGAGGAUGGUGACGAUGACGAAGACUGGGGCAGCAGCGCCCCGAGAAGAAGCCUCCGGGAGCCGGCCAGAGUGCCCGCGGCGCGGUCCGGUGCAGCACGCCACCCGCAGCCCCAGCAGCAGCACAUCCCCCCUCUUUUGUCUCCUCAGCUCCGGCAGCCAACGCCUCCUCCUUCCCCACCUCCAGAGUUAUCGUUCCCCUUACCUGACACCCCCAAACAGAGCCCACCGAGUCCCCCUGUCGCCGCGGCCCGCCACUCACCCAGCUCCUCCAGCUCCGGCUCAUCCAGCAGCGGCAGUCGCAGUAGCAGCCCAGAGCCGCAGAGAAGUGCCGACCGUAAACCCGGUCCGCUUACCCUUCUGGCACGUAAAAUGGAGUCCGAGGGUGCCUUCUCCGGAGGAGGCUGGCAUGGCCCUGAUGGCGAAGGUGACAGGCAAGACAGCGGUUCACCUUCACUUAUGGCUUUUCCUGGCAAAGGACCUCUAGAUGGUUUGGGGUCCGCUGGAGUGAUUCCAGGCACGCAUUCAGCCCACAUCCAACUAUCUGGGGGUAUACGCAAGGCCGCUGUAGCGGAGGAAAGAGAGAGGGAGCGGGUGAUUGAGAUGGAAAGACAAGAAAAGCAAAGACAACUUGAGCGGGCUGCAGAGGAAGAACGACAAAGAGCCAUCGAUCUGGAACGGGAGAGAGAGAGGAUUGAGCGCCAGCAAGCUUUAGAAAGAGAGGAGAGAGAAAAACAAGAGCUAGAGCUUGCUCUCGAAAAAGCGAGACGAGAGAGGGAAGAAGCUUUGGCUAGAGAGAGGGAGGAACGAGAGAGGGCAAUGGAGCUAGAGCGGCAAAAAGAGCUCGAAAGACAGAGAGCCUUGGAGGAAGAACGUCUGCUGAAAGAGAGGAAGGAGAAGGAGAAACUGGAGCGAGAGGAGAUGGAGAGGGCAAUGGAGCGAGAAAGAGCCAAGGAGAGAGAACGGCUAGAGAGAGAGAGAGCUCUGGAGCAGGAAAGACUGGAGAGGGAAAGGAUAGAAAGAGAGAAAGCUCUGGAGAAGGAGAGAUUGGAAAAAGAAAGAAUUGAGAGAGAGAAAGCCCGGGAGAAGGAGAGAUUGGAAAAAGAAAGAAUUGAGAGAGAGAAAGCGGAGAAGGAGAGAUUGGAAAAAGAAAGAAUUGAGAGAGAGAAAGCCCUGGAGAAGGAGAGAUUGGAAAAAGAAAGGAUAGAGAGAGAGAAAGCGCUGGAGCAGGAGCGAUUAGAAAGGGAGAAGGCUCUAGAGCAAGAACGAUUGGAAAAAGAGAGAAUAAAAAGAGAGAAAGCUCUAGAGCAGGAGAGAUUGGAAAAGGAAAGAUUGGAAAGAGAGAAAGCUCUAGAGCAAGAACGAUUGGAAAAGGAAAGAAUAGAAAGGGAGAAGGCUCUGGAGAAGGAAAGAUUAGAAAAGGAAAGGAUAGAGCGAGAGAAAGCGCUAGAACAGGAACGAUUGGAAAAGGAAAGAAUAGAGCGUGAGAAAGCUGCCGAGUUGGAGAGGAUUGAGAGGGAACAUGCCUUAGAGCAAGAAAGAAUAGAAAAAGAAAAAGCUCUAGAGAGAGAAAAACUGGAAAAGGAGGAAAAAGAGCGAAUAGAACGAGAGCAAGCAUUGGAAAGAGAGAAAAGAGACAGGGAGAAAAAAGAGCACUCUGAGAGAGAGGCAGCUCUGGAACGGGAGAGGAUGGAGAAAGAGCGAGCUGAGAAAGAAAGGAAAGAACAGAUUGAGAGAAAAAAGGUCUUAGAGUUGGAGAAACUAGAAAGAGCUCAGGCCUUGGAGAAGGAGAAGGCCUUGGCGCAAGAACGUGCUCUGGAACAGGAACAAUUGGAGAAGCAGAUGGUAGAAAAGCAACAGAAGAAAGCACUGCAUCAAGAAAAAGAGAGAGAUGCUAACCUUCUUCCUCCAAGUGGUGGCAGUGCGCCAGAGCAAGAAAAUGCCCAUGCCCCGGUGGCCCAGAGUGAAUCCCAGCCCUCAGACUCUGGUUCCACACCUCUUUCUCCACAAUCAUCGUCUAAGAAGUUUCGCUUCCUUAGGGACUCCCCAGCUCGACCUCAGUCCGGUUCUAUUAUCAUCAAGCGGCCCCGUACAUUUUCUGACACCCCCCAGCCUCGGGCAUCCCCCAUCACUUCACCGACUAGCGUUGGGGGUCAAAGACCAGGAGGAGCCCUGUCCUCCACUAACCAGGAAGACGCACAGAUUCAGUCCAAGCAGGAUGUUGGCGCCGUGUCCGUUAGCUCUACAGGGACUGGUUUCGACGGCAUGAACACCAACCGCACUGCAGCCCACCCGGGUUCCAGAGAAGAAACAUCCACGGUGGAGGCUACUUUGCCAAAGACCGAAGAGUCUGUUGAGGGGAAGGAUGAAAGGAAAGACUCUUCAAUUUCUGAGGAUAGAAGUGGCAGAGAGGCAAAGAAAGAAGGGAAAAAAGCAAGGCGAAGAUCAUCGUCAAACGAUUCCUCUUCCUCAGAUUCAGACUCUGGGUCUUCGUCUUCUCGAUCAUCCAGUUCAUCCUCAUCUUCUCAAGAUAAAGCGGUCUCCACCUCCAGGAUGAGACAGGAGGGGAAACAUGAAAGAGGCUCAUCAUCACAGGCAGCUGGGUCUCAGUCUGAGGAUUCGAAGGAGAGCCCAAAGGCCUCCCAUCCUGAAAAAGAGCUGCCUGUAGCCAGGAUUAACACAGCAGAUGGAGACGUUCACACUACGAAACAAACGGAUGCAAACAGGAAGAGAAAACACAGCGAGAUGGAAGAAGAGGAGGAGGAACAACAAAGGCAGGAGAAAGAGGCUUCCAUGGCGGAUCCAGAAAAGUCCUCAGAGUCCAGUGAGGAGACACCAAAGGGUUUCUCCGGACGCAAGAUCUCCCUUGGCAGCAGCAAACAGUCUCCAGGCAGCGCAGAGGCCGAACACGAGUCGGGGGCCGUGGCAGGUCGCAAGAGGAGGUGGGGCUCCAGCACAGCCGUCACUGCCAAAAAACCUUCCAUCAGCAUCACCACUGAAUCACUCAAGUCCCUGAUCCCAGACAUCAGGCCGCCUGUCGGCCAGGAGGCUGUAGUGGAUCUACAUCCUGAGGAAGCUGCUCUGUCUGGCGCCGAAGAUGAAGACCGGGAGCGCUCCGACCAGGAUCUUCAGAUCCGACGCACCGUCACGCAGGUGGUGCCUGUCGAGAGCCAAGAGAACGGACAGAAAGAAGCAAAGAGAAUGAGGCAGGACGACUUUGAGGAAGACGAUUCUCAGGUAGAGGGGGAAAGCGUAGCGGCCCACGAGGAGCAGAUGGACACGUCUCUCCCAGCAACUGUGGAAACCCAGUCGCCAACACUAGCAAGCCAAGAUACUGAAACCAACACUGUGACACCCAGCGACACCCUCAUCCGUCGCUCCAUCAGCCAGCAGAAAACGGGCGUUUCCAUCACCAUCGACGACCCGGUUCGCACAGCCAGGCAGCCCUCACCGCCCCGAGGCCAAGCCUCCAGCAUCGUUCACAUCUGGAACCUGGUAAGGCCGUUCACACUCGGCCAGCUGAAGGAGCUGCUGAGCAGAACCGGCACUCUGGUGGAGGAUGGAUUCUGGAUCGAUAAAAUCAAGUCCCACUGUUACGUCACUUACUCGAGUACCGAGGAGGCGGCCGCUACCCGGGCAGCUCUUCACGGAGUGAAAUGGCCCCAGAGCAACCCGAAGGUUCUCAGAGUAGACUUCUGCCAGCAGGAUGAGUUGGACUACCAGAAAAACUCCUCGGGAGCAGGCGACAGGCCUGGAGGAGGAGAGGACACGGGAGCCGCCGCCGCCCCGGGACGUGGACGAACGGCGGGCCUGCCGUCGCUUCUCCCCGAGCGGGACCAGUGGGCGGAGCGCGAGCGGGAGAUGGAGCGCAGAGAGCGGGCGCGGGCGGAGCGAGAGUGGGACCGAGAUAAGGUGAAGGAGUUUGGGAAACCCGGAGAGGAGAGGGAGGGCGGUGCGCGAAGGUCUCAGUCCAGAGAGAGACGGCGGAAGGAGAGGGGGAAGAGCAAGGAGAAGAAGACGGAAAAGAAAGCCGAGGAUCCUCCUGCAAAGCUGCUGGACGACUUGUUCCGCAAAACUAAAGCGGUUCCCUGCAUUUACUGGCUGCCCCUCACAGAGGAGCAGUUUCUUCAGCGAGAAGCAGCUCGAGCGGAAGAGGUAAAGGAGCGCGAGGAGCGGCGGAAAGAGCGCGAGAAGAGGCGAAAAGAGGAAGUGGAGGAGGAGGAGAAGAAAAAGGAGGAAGAGCGCAAGGAGAGAACGAAAGCGGCGGGCACCUCCGCCGGAAACCGGAGCGAGGGUGAGAAGGACAAGAACCGAGAGCGGGAGAGGGACAGAGACCGAGGUCGAGACAGAGACCGGGACAGGGAGAGGGACAGAGACAGGGAGAGGGAGAACGACAAACGCAGGGACGGGUACCGUAGAUCCGGGGGCGGCGGAGCGGGAUCAAGCCGGCGCUCGCGCAGCCGGAGCGAACCGAGAGACAGGAGGCGCUGACGGGACUGCCAUGGAGACCGCCGCUCCUGCAUUUGCCUUUCACUACAUGUACUUUGUUACAACAAAGACCCAACAGAGGACCAACUGAUGUCAUUUCUCCACAUCUCUCAGAAGAGUCACUUUUUUUUUUUUUUUAAAGCACAUCUAAGACCGCAGUCAUGCUUACGGAGACCGUGAUGUUUUGCAGUGUUGUUUUCAAUCCGGUUGAGGUUUCAAAUCAUCUCCUUUAUGCCUUCGCUGACGUUUUCUUUCAGUUUUUUGUCCUGAUCACGUAGCAGAACGGCACACUGGACAGUUUCAUACUACUACAAAGUCCACUUUUUCUUCAAAGUCUAGAUGCUGAUUAUACUUUUUUUUUUUUUAAGCUGCAGUUGACUCCUCUGGGUUUCAGCAUCUUGCAACUUGCUGAGGACUUCCUUUGUUGCUGCAUGUAGUACAAAAGCUACGCUUUUUUUUUGCCAGUUCUGCCUGAAGAGAAAAUUUGUUGGUCUGCGCAUUUGCUCGCAGAAAUCGGAAAAUAUCAGAAAAAUCCCUGUUUGGCAUUUUGUACAGACUUAAAAUAUCUGCAAAAUCAAGUCUUUAAAUAAGGCAGCUCUGGAUUAUUUUUGACUUAGUGUAAAAAAAACAAACCUACUAAGACAAUGCAGUGUUCCUGUUUCUCUGUUAAGAGAUGAGAUCAUUCUCUGUGGGAGAGAAUCCGUCACGACUAACACGAGCUCGGAUUAUGUCCUCAUUGAACCUCUUUCCAUCUUUUCCUCCUCCCAUCCAGCUCUCCUGUCAAUACAGGCCUGAGAGAGGAGAUCGCAUUAUAUGUUCUCCCACCAAUGGUUUUAAUAUUGUUUUUUUUGUUAUCGUUAUUUUAUCAUUUUAGUACAAAGAUUUCAUUUUGUUUUUAAUUCUUUAAGUACGCCUAUCAGUGGUGAAUGUACAAAUAAUAAAAAAAAUUGAAGUUUGAAA